AUGAGAGGCGGGAAGAAGAAGAAGAAGACUUCUAUCAAGAAAGAAGACGGUAAAAGAAAACAACAGCGAGAAGAGGAGCAGCAAUGGACAGCAGUCCAGGACCAACGUAACUCCAUUAAAGACCUUCUGGAGUUGCAGAAGAAAGAUCUGCCCCCUGGAAAGAGAUUGUCCCUCAGGGUGGCUCUUCAGCGUCUAAAUCUACCCAUUGCAUAUUUACUCAAUGGUGUUACCAUCAAAAGGGACCAAUCUUCACCAUAUAAGAUCACUGGAAAGAGAUUGACCCUCAGGGUGGCUCUCCAGCGCCUAAACCUACCCAUUGGUUAUAUAAUCAAUGGUGUUACCAUCAAAAGGGACCAAUCUUUAGGAUAUAAGAUCACUGGAAAGAGAUUGACCCUCAGAAUGAACAUCCAGCGCCUAAAACUACCCAUUGGCGAUUUAAACAAUGGUGUCACAGUCACCAGGGACCGAUGUUUCGGAUUUAAGAUCACUAAAACAUCAAGUGACGAGACCAACUACGGCAAGAAGAGGAAGAGAGAAGACAAGAAGACGAGCAAGGAAGGUCUAAUGAAGAAGAGAUACAGAGGUAAGAAACACUGCAAUGGAUACAUGGGUGGGUCUACAUUCUAA